AUGAGAUAUCGCAGGAACAUUUUCUGGUGGUCAAAGGCAGCAGCAGCAGCACGAGACAACUUGUUCUUUACACUUGCAACCAACCAUCACAAGAGACAACAAUCCAAUCCACGGCUUGGAGCGAUGAACACAUAUCCUGCCGAGUACACAUUACACCCUGUCCCUGUACUUGGUAUUUACGGUCUCAAUGGCGAUCUUCCAGCAACACCUACAGCGCCCGUCAAUGACACGUCCACCGAUGCCGAAAAGUCAUCCAAUGACCCACGUUCUCCUACAGCAUCAACAACAACACCACCACCACAACCGACAACGUCCAAUCGUCCAGCACCUUCAUCGCGUGGUGCUCUCGGCUCCAUGUUGCGAUCCAUCUUUACAAACAAGCAGCAUUUCUCGUUACACGAAGCAGCUCGAUCAGCCCAUGGCAGCAUAUCCUCAGUCAACAUUAGCCCUCCUUUCCGUGUCAUCUUUAUAGAAAAGGAUUUCAUGCUACCCGAGCGUGUUCCAGUAGGGCCCAACUUGCCACCACCCCACUCCAAUCUAUCACCGCUUUCAUCCGAGUCUCCGUUACAUCCAGAUGGUUGCAUGACUCCUUUAUGGGUUAAAAAGCAGCUCGAGACACCAUCCGUUGUCGUUGGCUUUUAUGACUUGUGGGAUUGGGGCAACGAGCAUGGAGGCGCAUCACGACCCAAACGAGAGACUGGUCCUUUGGCUUCCCACAUAUUAAUCGAUCCUACUGAAAGAGAAAAGGAUACGGCUCUUGCUCAGGAAAUCAAUGAUCGAAGAAAGUAUUUCCAAGACAAGGGAAUUCGAUUUGCUGCCACCAUUAUCCUCAAACGUCAACAUACUGAUGACCCAGCUGUGGAAGAGCGUUUAUCCAUGAUCCGAAAGCAAUCUGGUCUCGAUAGCCGACAAUCAUUCUUCACUGUUGCUCCAGGCACACAACAUGACAUGCAAGAGUUUGCUAAUGGCUUGUAUCGUUCGCUCUAUGAAUCAGCCAUCCAGUACUACAACAACCGGAUAAAGAAGGUGCGAAAGAAACGUGCAAAGCUACCACCACCUGCGACAUCAGCGAGACAAUCAUUGGGCGAUUCGAGUGAGCCUCAACCUCUAUCGAUUCAGGGUUGGAUGCUUCGAUAUGAUUACAAGGCGGCAUUAUUCCAAGAAAUGCGACAAGACGUGGAUGGUGCAACAAAGUCGUAUGAAAGUGCAUAUACCCUAGUGGCUGAUAUGCUUGCACCCAAGUCAUCUAUUACACCUGGCCAAACCGGAUUGCCAUUACGAGGAAAACGGUGGCAUGAAGCACGCACAUUGAUCGAUUGUAUCAAUUUUAAGAUUUGCAGCUUUUAUUUGUACAUGAACGAACCAGUGGCAGCUCUUGGACAAUUCAAUGGACAUUUGCAUAUGAUGCAGACGUAUUGUACGACAUGGGGAAUGGGAGAGCAAUCAUUUGAAUAUUGGACAUGGUUAUCAAAGCAGUACCGCAUCUUUGCCGAUAUCGUCGAUGCAGCAGUUCAACAUGGCUUCAAGAUCCCUAUACCAACAGCCUACAUGACCAAUCAUCCUGCUGGAAAUCCUCCUGCUGCUGAUGGAUGUAAUCCUGGUGCCAUUUUACAACAUCCUGGUUUCUACUAUCACUUGGCAGCCAUGUGUUGUGCAGAGCGACGACGACGAUUUCUCGAAGUGGAUAAGAGUGAGGAUGCCAAAGAUAGCAACACGGCAUGGGGUGCUUUAGUGGCGGCAGAGCGACAAGUGGAUCAUUCGGCGCUUACUAUUGAUUUGUUGACCAAGAGCUAUGAGCAAUUCAAAAAGUAUCGCAACACGAGAAUGACCUUGUACCUGGCAGCCGAGAUUGCAGGCACCUACUAUGAGACUGGCAAAUACGAGAUGGCUCUCAAGUUUUUUGAGCGAAUUGGAAAGACGUAUCGUAAGGAGCAAUGGCAUAUGGUAUUGGCAUCCAUUCUACGCUGGUCGUUACGUUGUGCCAAGGAAAUGGGAUCAUGGGAACGUGCUGUCGAGUGUUUGGUGGAACUUUUAUCCAGCAAUUUGCCAAUGUCAGAUCAAAAGCGUCAGGAUAUUCAAAAAGAACUUUGGGAGAUCAUUCAUCGGGAACCGUCGUCGGAUCAACAACAAAAAGAGCCAACCCAACUUGAUAUCCAAAUGGACCAAAUCAACCCGCUGUUGACAUGCCAACUCCAAUUCAAGAAUAGAGCCAACUUUGUCAAUACACUGGUACCCUACCAGGUGACGCUCCAUACCGGCACCAACAGCCCACUUCAACCUUUGCGUUUCAGCGCUAUGCGUAUCAUGUUCAAUGAUCCAAAGUACAACUGCAUAUUGAAGGAUAUCGGCAAUGAGGGUGACUUGGCUUCGCUGGUCUAUGUUGAUUGCACAAAAGAUAUGACGACGAUCAAUGAAGGGGAAUACGCUGGAUGGCAUACCAAAAAAGUUGAUUUGCGUGUUAUCAAAAAUCAGACAAUCGUGUUUGAAGGAUGUGUGCUUCCGAAAGAAUGCGAGCAACUCAAGAUUGUUGGCGUAUACCUUGACAUCAAUUCCCCACAGUGGCAUGUCAGCCUAAGCUAUGAUCCAAGCCGUGUCGUUAUCAAUGAACACGACAUGGUGCGUAGAAAAUGGCUUCUACCACCUUCAGAUACCAAUGCAUCUCCCAAAUUCAAGUUUUUGGAUGGACGAGGCGAGCUAAACUCCGUGAGAAUUUCACAACGCCCCCCUCAAGUGAAAUUGUCGGCUGAUUUUGAAAGUCAAGCUCUUCUCAACGAGCACUUUGAGUUGAAUAUCACGGUGGAGAAUCAAGAGCAGGACGCCAUUGAUGCUUCAUUAUCUGUUGAGAUCAAGGAUGCCACUGGCCAUGGCCAACCAACAACUGACUUUGUCGUUUUUUCACGUGAUGCAUCGGAUGGCAUCAAGGAAAGUGUUCAAACAACAAGCAUUGGAAGGAUCGAAAAUGGAAAGUCUGUCAAAAAGAAGGUUUACUUGUGUGCAGAGGAUCUUCCCGGUACACGUCUGGUCACGCUGACAGCUUCAUACACGUCUGCCAGUGCACAUGAUCCCAAUGCUACUAUUGAGAAACGUGAAAUGCUAAGGAUCGCUUUCAAGUCACCCUUUGAAACCAACUUUAAGCUAUCUGCUCAGAGCGACAAGCCUUCUCUUGCAACACCAUCACCCAAUUUGGAACGAUCCGAAAAGUGGCAAGUCGCCACGGCUAUCCGCUGCUGUGCAGCAAGUGAGCUUGAGAUUGAAAAGGUGGAGCUUGAGCAAUCGCCAUUUGAGCAUCCAUACACCUCAUUAUCUCUCCUUUCAAAUGACAAAAGUACAGCUGCCGAGAAACAAGCAUGGGCUCCAGGAUACGUUUAUAAUACAAGCUAUACCUUCCGAAUGGCGACUGAGGAUAUUACCGAACCACAACCGACAGUGCCUGUGGGAUCAAUUGCCAUUUACUGGCGACGGAGUGGGAAUGAUGCUGUAUACUCCAAAACGCUAUUGGCGAUGCCGACACUUGAAUUCAGAAAACCAAGCUUGACUGUGCUAGCAGAUGUGCCUGACGAACUAUAUGUCGGCGAGCAAUUUACAGCAACGUAUACCGUAUCCAAUCCCACAGAGCAUUUGGCCGAAUACACAGCCUCUGUAGAGCUUAGUGACGCCUUUGUAUUUUCGGGUCUCAAACUUCUCAAGGGUCGUGUGCUGCCCCUCUCUCAAGUGUCCUAUCACUAUACAUGCUAUCCGCUACUAGCAGGCAAGGUACGAUUACCACGACUCAAGGUGGUUGCACGGCAACAAGGCGUAGAGAAGGAAGUGCCUCUAGAGAUGCUUGAUGAACGUGUCAAGAUUGGUGCGACAAAAGAACAAUGGCCGCCAUCGCUUAUCUUUGUCAAUGCUCGGCGUUAUUAUUAG